AUGUUGGUGGAUUGCAACUUUAAAACCAACAUCUUAGGCUCAUUUAAAUCCCACAAAAGCAGGAAACAUAGGUCUUAUUCACUAGACGAUUUUAAACCAGGAAUAGUAGUAUCAGCCACAGCUGCUCACCCUGAAUCUCCUUCCAAUUCUUUUGAUGAUGACAUUGGUGAGGAUGCUCAGCCAGGUACCAGUGCUGAGGUUCCAAAUGAUCUCCCAGAUAUUCCUGAACAUGAGCCAGCAUGGCAGAUCCUACUGGAUCUAAAACACAUUGCUGAGCUAGUGGUUGCCCCAGUUCACAGUGAUGAGUCUAUUGCUUUCCUUGAGAGCAAAGUUUCAGAUCACAGACAAAGAUAUCAAGAGGUGUUUCCAAACAACAAAUUGCUGCCCAAACAUCACUACAUAGAACAUUACUCGCAGCUAAUUAAGCUUUUUGGACCUCUUGUGGGACUUUGGACCAUGAGUUGCUUUAAAAAUGUGCCUUUUUCUCUGGCUGUGAAGCACCAGUUUAUGAUUGGUUACCACCUGUCAUCUCCAAAUAUUGAUAAACCAGUGCUAGAAGUGUCAGAUGCAUCCACUGUUCCAUUGGAGCUUUUGAAGGAAGAGUUAGCACAAGCUUUUAAACAGAGAAAUCCUUAUGCAUCUGAAAUAAACCUAGCAAAAAAUGUUUGGAGCAAGGGAAUACAAUACAGAACAGGUAUGAUCGUGGCACAUGGUUCUUUUGGUGGCUUGCCUGAAUUUGGAGAAAUCCAUCAAAUAUGCAUUUUGCAGCAGAGACUAUUUUUUGUGUUAAAACUGCUGUGUGGAUGGUAUUGUGAGCAUUAUGGAGCUUUUCAGCUGACUCCAUGUCCGGUGCGAGAACUUGCUGUUGUUGAAGUCUCUGAACUAGUUGAUGAGUAUCCACUGGCUGCCUAUGUAGUUGGAGGCGUGCGAAUGGUGACCUUAAAGAGAUCGAUCUGUGUCUUUAGAGCAUAAAGUGAAGUGGGACCAUGACAGCUCAGGCCAUUUUCAGAGUUAUCCUUGGACCAGACAGUAGUCAGAGGGUC